AUGGGUGUUGGAGAGGAGUUCGAGUCGGUUACAUCUGCGGUUGCAAACCGUACCGACCCGAUUUCUCUCCUAGAGCUCCAGGCUCAGCUCGUGAGCCAUGAACAACGCCGUGAGAUCCGCGAUGGCGGCUCCCACUCCUCCGUCAACUCUGCAGAAAAGGGCGGCCGUCGUGGUGGUCGUCCUUCCUAUUCCUGUGGCGGCCGUGGUGGUGGUGGUCGCGGCGGCUUCGGGCGUGGCCGCAACAGCGGUCGGAAUGGUGGUCGUGGUGGUGGCCACAACAACAACAACAACUUCACCAACAACACCUUUCUCGAAGGUGUGAUCUGCCAGAUUUGUGGCAGGGAAGGCCAUGGUGCGGAUCGCUGCUACAAGUAUGUCGGCUACCCACCAAAGAAGAGUGCAUCCGCAGCAACAACCUCCUACGGCGUGGACACCAACUGGUACAUGGACACUGGUGCCACGGACCACAUCACUAGCGAGCUAGAUCAACUUACAAUCCGCGAUCGCUACAACGGCAACGACCAUGUACACACCGCUAGCGGAUCAGGGAACGAAGAAAACCCUACUCCAAGGCAGAUGUGAGCGUGGCCUCUACCCACUCCAGUCAUCCAAUAAAGAAGUGCUUGCCACCAUCAAACCAUCCACCUCGCUAUGGCAUCAUCGACUUGGUCAUGCAUCCACUCCAGUAGUUCAGCGUGUCCUCAACCACCAUAAGCUCCCUUUUGUUCAAGAUUCCAGUCAACAUAGUAUUUGUGAUGCGUGUCAACAAGG